UGAAACACUUUCCAUUUGGUUGCGUGAAGUGAACACAUGGCAGAUGAUCAUAACACCAAUUGCUAUCCACAGAUAUCUGUUCCCUUCAUUCCUUCCCUGUCCCUGUCCCUGUCCGUCCAGAUAUAUCUUCGGAGGAGCUUCGAGAAGAGCCCUUCGCAUCCGCACGCCUCUCUUCCUCGCUUUCUCUCGCUUCCUCGCGCGAUUGCAUUCGCGUUCGUGUGGUUUCGGGUUUUGGGUCCGAAAGAUUCCUCCUGGGUUUUCGAUGGAGAUGGGGAGUGAAGUGAGGAACAAGCAGGUGAUCCUGAAGAACUACGUGACCGGAAUGCCCAAGGAGAGCGACAUGGCCGUGACCACCCACAACACCAUCACGUUGAAGCUUCCCGAGUCCUCCAAUUCGGUGAUCGUCAAGAAUCUGUACCUGUCGUGCGACCCUUACAUGCGCGGCCGCAUGCGGAAGCCCGACUCCCCCUCCUUCGUCGGUUCCUUCGUCCCCGGUUCCGUGACCCUCAGUGGAUAUGGAGUGGGCAAAGUGGUGGUAUCAGGGCAUCCAAAUUUCAAGGAAGGAGACUUGGUGUUGGCAUGGGGAACCACUGGGUGGGAGGAGUAUAGUGUGAUCGCUGCUCCUGAGACUCUCCUCAAAAUCCAGUCCACCGAUGUCCCGCUUUCCUACUACACUGGCAUUCUCGGUAUGCCCGGAAUGACUGCUUAUGCUGGUUUUUAUGAGGUUUGCACACCUCAGAAAGAAAGGGUGUUCGUAUCAGCCGCCUCUGGAGCAGUUGGCCAGCUAGUUGGACAGUUUGCCAAGUUACUAGGUUGCUAUGUUGUCGGCAGCGCUGGAAGCAAAGAAAAGGUGGAUCUUCUAAAGAACAAGUUUGGAUUUGACGAAGGUUUCAACUACAAGGAAGAGCCAAACUUUAGUGUUAAGGCUUCUAGAUACUUCCCGGAGGGCAUUGAUAUAUAUUUUGACAAUGUCGGGGGGAAGAUGCUUGAUGCAGUUCUACUCAACAUGAGGAUUCACGGCCGGAUCGCUGUGUGCGGCACGAUAUCGCAGUAUAACCUGGACCAGCCUGAAGGUGUGCAUAACUUGGCGAAUAUUGUUGGAAGACGGGUACGCAUGCAAGGGUUCCUGGCUGGGGACUAUCUUCACCUUUACCCAAAGUAUCUUCAAAUGGUUUUUCCUUACAUCAAAGAAGGUAAAGUUGUAUACGUUGAAGAUGUUUCUGAAGGCAUUGAGAGUGCCCCUGCUGCUCUCUUGGGCCUGUUCACUGGUCGCAAUGUCGGAAAAAAGGUAGUUCUGGUGGCUAGAGAAUGAGAUGGCGGGAGAGAUCUUAAUGCAUCUUCUAGAUACCCCACAAGUUUUUUCCUUUCUUUCACUGGACUAACAGUUUCAAUUUUUGUCUUAGAUAUCCAACACAUUUGACAAAUAUAUGAUGCACUUGCAAAGAAAAAGUAGAUACUUUCUUUUCCAUUUUAGUUCUGGGAAUAAGCACCUGAUUGAACGAGUACAUGAGACAUUGAGAUCACCAAUUAAACAAUAAUCAUGUUUUUAAGUGUUGUAGGAUUUGAUAUUUGGUGAAA